AACACAAACAAUCGGCUCGGGGACAAACCGCGAUGGAUGCUUUGGACAAGCUGGAGGUUCAGCUUCUGGAGCGCCAGGUGAGGCUGGCGGAGGAGCGGCACGCUGCCGGGGAGGCCCGGGAGGCGGUGGGCUUGGACGCCUUGAAGCACAAGCUCUCGGAUGUGAAGUCCAAGCUCCAGACCGCCCAGGCCAAAACUGUGCAUGAUGCCAUCGGCAACGUGCUGUCCAAGGUGAUGGAAAGACAGGAGGCGGAUGCAGUUUCCGCGCCGGCUCCGCCCGCCGCGCCGGGCCCGGCGCCUGUCCCGGCGGCCCCGGCGGUUCUGGCGGCGGUCCCGGCGGUGCCGGCGGUGCCUGCGGUCCCGGCGGUAGCGCCGGUGGGGACGGGUCCCGGCCUGGAGGCGGCCUCUUCAUUUGGCUUGGUCUCGUGCCAGGCACAGGGGACCUUCGCGACUUCCAGUGCCUUUGCUGGACCUUCGGAGGGCUACGGCCACUUGGCGCGCCAGCCAGUUGCGCCUGUCCCGCAAGCGCCGCUGCACGUGCCGGCGCACGCGCCGCCGGCGCACGCGCCGCAGCUUCAUGCGCCGCUGGCACAUGGGCCGCCGCUACAUGCGCCGUGCCAGCACUUUGCUGGUGGCUUCGGCGCGAAUGGUGCCCAGUACGGAAUGCCACAGCAGGC